GCGCUAAAGGAGGCAUUUCUAUUGAUCCAGACAAAUAUACUGCUGCGCAAUUAGAGAGAAUUACACGUAGAUACACCGCGUUCAUCGGUCCGGGUAUAGACGUACCAGCACCAGAUGUAGGCACAGGUGCCCGCGAAAUGUCUUGGAUAAUGGAUACUUAUCGGCAAUUUCAUCCUAAUGAGGUGGAUUCUAUUGGUUGUGUUACUGGAAAACCAAUAACACUCGGUGGUGUUCGCGGAAGGAAUGAAGCUACCGGACUGGGUGUUUAUUAUGGAAUUCGUGAAUUCAUUUCGUAUCCAGAAGUACAAAAACAUACUGGGUUAA